ACUCCGCAACGGGCGGGAUAUCCGCAGUAGUAAGCUAGCUAAUGACAUGGCGAAGACUUACGAUUACUUGUUUAAACUACUUCUAAUCGGCGAUUCAGGCGUCGGAAAAACCUGCGUGCUUUUCAGAUUUUCAGAAGAUGCCUUUAAUUCAACGUUUAUCUCUACUAUAGGUAUUGACUUCAAAAUCAGAACAAUAGAAUUAGAUGGGAAGAAGAUUAAACUACAGAUAUGGGAUACAGCAGGACAGGAGAGGUUCAGGACCAUCACAACAGCGUACUACAGAGGAGCCAUGGGCAUCAUGUUAGUGUAUGACAUUACCAACGAGAAGUCCUUUGACAACAUCAAGAACUGGAUAAGGAAUAUAGAGGAGCAUGCCUCAGCAGAUGUGGAGAGGAUGGUUCUUGGUAAUAAAUGUGAUGUCAAUGACAAGCGACAAGUGUCCAAAGAAAGAGGAGAGAAGCUGGCGCUGGAGUAUGGUAUCAAAUUCAUGGAGACGAGUGCAAAGGCAAACAUCAACGUGGAAAACGCCUUUUUAACCCUGGCCAGAGACAUUAAAGCAAAGAUGGACAAGAAACUGGAGGGCAACAACCCGCAGGGCAGCAAUCAGGGAGUAAAGAUAACAGAGCAGCCCAAGAAGAGCAGCUUCUUCCGCUGCACGCUCCUGUGAGACGACAGGAACGUCAGCAUCCACAAUCGCCUUAACUGUGUCCCCCCCACUGGACAGAACUGGACAGAGCACACUUUGAUAUCCACUUUAGCCUUCUAUCCUUGUCUUCCUCCUUUUGAGUUGUCCUGUGAUUUAAUUAGGAGAAGAAGGUCUUAUUACUCCUUCAGUUUGUAAGUCUUCCAUUGACACCUGUGGAUCUAACUGUUGUGGCUUCUGUUACAUACUGACAGUUUCAACUUGAAUCCUUCUGGUGAGACACUGACAACGAUCAAAGCUUUUCUGCCCAUAACUUCAAGCUUUUGUCUCAUGUGGUGAAGUCUUAUUUAUUUUACUCAUCAUUUCUGCUGCAUCUUUGCACUGACAGUCUCGCUUUUGGUUUACAUUCACUUUCUGUAAAUGCAGUAUGUAAAUAUAUAUCACAGAUGAUGGAAAGUCACGCCAGUCAUUUUACACAUAUCUGCAGUGGGGGUUUACAUUUCCUCUCCAGCUUUUCCUCUCCUGUUGAUUUCAUUGUCUGAAACAUUCCAUUUCUCUUGCAAACACUUACAUGUGCAAUGUAGAAACCUUGGUUUGUCUGUCUUAAAAUAUUCAUGCAGUUGCAUUAAGGCUGAGAUUUAAGGGCACACUGAUUCUUUCUGUAGUUUUCUGAUCAUUUCAGGUUUAGAAAUGGAAAAAAAAUCAAGUUGUUGCUAAGAGGAAGACGAGUAUUUGAUUCACCUCUGCAGGUGGACUAGCAGUACUUAAAUCUCUGGAAGCAAUUCAGUUUGACAGAAGGAAUCGCAGUAAUAAUGUACUCAUUGUCUUACGCAUUUAUACUUGAUCUGGUUGUUUCCAAUGGGGGAACUUAUAAAAAACUGUUUUCUGGGCCUUGGAUUGGGGCUGUGCUGUAGCAGUAUUUAUGGAGUGAAACAGAACAUAGCACCAAAAUGACAAAGUGCCCUUUUAUGUUCUUUAUUGAUUAUGCACUUUUUUUUCUCUUGUUUAUCCUGAUUAUAAAAAGGAAAAAAAAAAAGUUUGUAACAUUUACUGACUGUUUAUUGCAAGUCUUAACUGAAAGCAAAUAAUAUUUAUGCACAAGAUUUUACCCUGACUGGGCCUCCUGAAAACAUCUGAGCACUGAGACCUCUGUUUUUGGUUAGCAUAUCAGCUGCACAGCAACCCAGCAACUUUUUUCCUACACUAAUAACGUUCCCAUUUGUUAAUAGAAACUGUUUCUCUUCUUUGCAUUUGCUCUGACAUUUUAUUUUUUUUGAGGAUCCCAGUCUUCUCAUCCACCUUUCUCCCGAUUUAUUUCUUUUUUUUGGAGGAGGGGGGGGGGGGGGGCUUCUUUCAUGGCCAUCUGAACUAUGCAUUCUGGCUGCAUGUAAAACCUUCAAACGUUUGGCACAUGUGAUUUAAUGAGCUUUAUUUGAGAUUAGAAAUGUGCAGAUGGUUCCUGUCACAUAUUAAUAGGAAAUCUGGUUAAAAUCAUAGAUGUUUUACAGUGAGAGCAAACAAUUUCUCACAGGGACGAGCAGUCCAUGAAGUGAAUUUCUAAUAUCACCUUUUCUUGCAGAUUUAAGACAUAAUCAGUUCCAUUUCUGUUAAACUGGUGCACAGAUUUCACCUGUUCCCAGCUUGAAUGGAUUUUGUUUUUUCUUAAACUUGGGUAUCAAUUUGUAAAGUAAUCCCCCUUGUAGAUCUAGUUACAGUGUUCACUCAUCUUGACCAUUUCUUAAGUAAAUUUGGGAUUUCCUUAAAGAUUAUUGUUGAACUUCAUGUGGAAUAAAUAAAUACUUCAGCUAUUGUAAAUAAGAUCUACAAUGAUUGUACUGUAGUUUCAUAAAUCCUAAUAAUCUACACUUUUUGUAGAUAUUUGUACUUUUGAUGAUUUAUUAAAAAGAUUGGUAAACGUU